UGCUUAUCCACAGGGCCUUAAUGCCUUUGAUUACUGUUUGCUCCUUGCGUGUGAGACAGCCCUAGCUCUAGGUGGGCCGCAGAAAGAUUCCAGGUUGCAGUUACCUCUGCACUAACACUUGAAGAAGUCGUCAGUUCUCAGCAACUGCCACCUCUACCAACAAGAAAGUUCUGUUUGUGCUGAAGAAAGUCAUCAGUGCUUGCUGAGGAAAAGCAUGGGCAUGUAUAAAAUUUGGGUCUGUGAGGUGUGAUAUCUCAUUGCACCCCAUAUCCCACCUGCAUCUAACAGCAAUAUUCUGCACAAGUCUAUUGUCUCCAUUUCUAACAACAGCGUGAAGCCCUAAUGGUUGGGGAUCAACAUCACACAGCAGCCAGCCAUUUAGAUGAUGAUAUUUGUGGACAGUAUAUCUGUGACAGAAGUUUGAAGAGCUAAUGAAGCAUUUUUCGGGGUCAGGAAAAGGCUGGCUCUCCCAAGGAAGACAUUCCAGUCAACAGAAAGGAAGAAAGGAGAUGCUAACAUUUGCAGAAAAGAAAGAAAAAGACAGGGGUCUUCCUCCCUGAGCGCCUGUAGAACCAAAGCUGAAGAAAACCAUCCUGGAUGUGAAGUUUCAGUCUCUGGCCAAAGAGAGGCUCAAAAUCCAUCAGCGUUUUCCAAGAUGAUCAUCUGUCAGUUCUUAUUCUGUAGGCUGUCAAACGCCUAGUGCUCUGCACACCCCUUUAGCCCUCAGGAAGAGACGCAUUCUACCAGAAGCACAUCACUUGCCACCAGAGCCAUUGUUUUCCCCUUCACCCCUUUUGCCCUUAACUCUCAAAUGUUUCCCAGAGAUGUGACUAUAUUCCUCUCAAGGCAAAGAGUAUUUGCCUUUUUCCCCCCUGCUGAAUAUAUGAGGAAUUUACAGCAGAAUUUUAGUUGUGUUUGCCACCUGCCUUCACUUUGUGGACUCCAGUGCUGAAAUCUAACCACUGAUCAAUUUCUUUUUAUCCUCCAGUGAUGUGGUAUACCUGAGGGUAUGCUGCAUUUGGUUCCUUUAGUAAAACACCUCUGGUGCUGUGGGAUGAUAUUGUGAACCUCAUUAUGCUCUAGAAACCUGAUUCUAACCCACUUAUUAUCUGAGGUCCAGCAUCUCCCACAGGAGGCUUGGUCGUCUUGCACUUUGAAUCCUGCACACUACUGCCCUUUUGUUAGCUGUGGUCUUGUUUUGAAAAAACAUGUUGGUGCCAGCAGCAGGAGCCCUUUUGUUCUGAGGAGUUCUUUGUUUGGGUCCUAAACCAACCCUAAAGGUUUUUUUGUUUUGUUUUCAUCUCCAGAAGAACAGCAGUCUACCAUAGUGUUUAUCUUUUGGAGAAAGGAAAAAGGCUUAGCCUUUCCUUUUGAGAAAAUUAUUAUACUCUCUGUUCCUACUUCCACCAUGCCUUUGGUUCUUUUCCCUUUUGUGAGUGUCACCUCUUCUACGUUUUUACCCUGAAAGCACUUGAGAGAGAAUUAGUAGUUUUGUUGCACAUGGACUUCAGAUUAUUUGAGGGAAAGGGAGGGGCUUGCCUUCUCAGACUGGAAGAUUAAACCCAGAUUGUGCAAAUCUAGGGUUUUAGUCAACUUGCAGGGAUGGACCCUGACAGGGAUCCUUAUGGCUUUGGAGACAGUCGAGAUUCAAGGCGUGAUCGAUCCCCAAUUCGGGGAAGUCCAAGGAGAGAGCCCAGGGAUGGCAGAAAUGGCCGGGACGCCCGGGACAGCAGAGACAUUCGAGACCCCCGAGACUUACGGGACCACAGACAUAGUAGAGACUUGCGGGAUCACAGAGACAGCAGGAGUAUGCGUGAUGUUCGGGACAUGAGGGAUCUUAGAGACUUUCGUGAUCUAAGAGACUCUAGGGAUUUUCGAGAUCAGCGAGACCCCAUGUACGACAGAUACAGAGACAUGAGAGACUCCCGAGAUCCUGUGUACAGGAGAGAAGGCUCUUAUGACCGAUACCUGCGAAUGGAUGACUAUUGCAGGAGAAAGGAUGACUCUUAUUUUGACCGUUACAGAGAUAGCUUUGAUGGACGAGGCCCUCCAGGCCCAGAAAGUCAGUCUCGUGCAAAAGAGCGUUUGAAACGUGAGGAGCGGCAUAGAGAAGAGCUUUAUCGUCAAUAUUUUGAGGAAAUUCAGAGACGCUUUGAUGCCGAAAGGCCUGUUGAUUGUUCCGUGAUUGUGGUCAACAAACAGACAAAAGACUAUGCUGAGUCUGUGGGGCGGAAGGUGCGAGACCUGGGCAUGGUAGUGGACUUGAUCUUCCUCAACACAGAGGUGUCAUUGUCACAAGCCUUGGAGGAUGUUAGCAGGGGAGGUUCUCCUUUUGCUAUUGUUAUCACCCAGCAACACCAGAUUCACCGCUCCUGCACAGUCAACAUCAUGUUUGGAACCCCACAAGAGCAUCGCAACAUGCCCCAGGCAGAUGCCAUGGUGCUGGUGGCCAGAAAUUAUGAGCGUUACAAGAAUGAGUGCCGGGAGAAGGAACGUGAGGAAAUUGCCAGACAGGCAGCCAAGAUGGCCGAUGAAGCCAUCCUGCAGGAAAGAGAGAGAGGAGGCCCUGAGGAGGGAGUGCGUGGGGGCCACCCUCCAGCCAUCCAGAGCCUCAUCAACCUGCUGGCAGACAACAGGUACCUCACUGCCGAAGAGACUGACAAGAUCAUCAACUACCUGCGAGAGCGGAAGGAGCGGCUGAUGAGGAGCAGCACCGACUCUCUGCCUGGCCCGAUUUCCCGCCAACCACUCGGGGCGGCCUCGGGUGCCUCGCUGAAGACACAGCCAAGCUCCCAACCGCUCCAGAGCGGCCAAGUGCUCCCCUCUGCUACACCUACUCCAUCUGCACCCCCCACCUCCCAGCAAGAGCUUCAGGCCAAAAUCCUCAGCCUCUUCAAUAGUGGUACAGUGGCGGCCAAUAGCAGCUCUACAUCUCCCUCAGUUGCUGCCGGAAACACCCCGAACCAGAAUUUUUCCACAGCAGCAAACAGCCAGCCUCAGCAAAGAUCACAGGCCUCUGGCAAUCAGCCUCCAAGCAUUUUGGGACAGGGAGGAUCUGCUCAGAACAUGGGCCCUAGACCUGGGGCUCCUUCCCAAGGGCUUUUUGGCCAACCUUCCAGUCGCCUGGCACCUGCUAGCAACAUGGCUAGCCAGAGGCCUGUGUCUUCCACAGGUAUCAACUUUGACAAUCCAAGUGUACAGAAGGCUCUGGAUACCCUGAUCCAGAGUGGCCCUGCUCUCUCCCACCUGGUUAGCCAGACCACAGCACAGAUGGGGCAGCCACAGGCCCCCUUGGGAUCUUACCAGAGGCAUUACUGAGGCUAAAUCUUUCAACUGUCCCCAGUCUCCUCAUUCCCUGGCCGCCUCCCACUUACCGCGUUCUAAAUAGAGUUGUUUGGAGGAUAUUGGCAUUCUCCAGGUCUACAUCGAGUGUCAUCAGUUUCUACCACCUGCUCUCUCUCCUGCCCAAGGCUGUGUUGCUUAUUCCUUACCAAGUUUAUGCUGCAUUUGGGGCUGUAUUCUGUUUUGUUUUUUGGAUUUUUGUAGAAAAUAAGUAUCUCCGGAGUCACUUGGGCAGUACGGGUGUCUGGGCUUAUAUCUGAUGGGGUUUCUCCAGUCCUCCUGUCUACUGGAUUUGGAGCCAGGCCCAGCUGGCCACGUUUGGAAUGGCAUUUGUCAUGUCAGUAGCCACCACCUUUGUUCAUUGUGAACCUACCAAGGCUUUCAAGCUUCAAACACGUCGACCAGAGCUCAAACUCCUGCCUGCAACUCUUGCCUAGAGUUAAAGAAAAGUCGACUGGCCUUGGCAGGCACAGUGUCAUCAUACCCCAAUACCACAUGUUUGGGAUCUGCUUGAGGAUUCAUAAAUCAGCUACUCUGGAUUGUUGAAGAAUGGCCAUGGCAGCCACAGAAGAAUUUUUCUGUCUGAGCCAAGGUUGUUUUUUUGUUUUUUUCUCUUUUAUUUUUUUGUUUUCAUUUCAUUGGAAGAUCUCCAAUGGACUAAACAGCUCCAGUCAGCAGCAGUUUAAUACAAACUGUGAAUCUGGGCCCCACCACUCUUCCCCUUUACCAGUUCUGUCAGCAUCCCCCUCCAGUGGCACUUCCGUGGAGUCAAUUCUGAGACUCUGGCCAUGAACACUCAUUUCUUCAGACUUGUUUUGAGCUUUUGGCUCAAAACCCCAGGCUCUUAUUUUUGUCUAGACUCUUGUUCUGUUUCCUGAGCAGUAGGAGGUAGGGACCACUUUGAUGUCAGACUUCUGGUAGCUGGACAUGUUCUUGAGAUAGGUGGCUGUUCAUGACUUUUGUACCAGAGUGAAACUGUUAGAGGGAGGGCUUCUGGCUGUAGUUCUAAGUGGAGCCCCAGGAAGCUGCCCUCUCCCCAGGGAUUGUGCUCAGUAGAUCCCUGUGGAUCCCAGUCUCAAGAUCCUCUAGCAGGGGAGAGGGAGAGCAGUGACUUCAGCCGAGUCCCUGACAGUGGCAGAAAAAACAAUGGUUUCAAAAUUCAAGGUCCCCAAAUGGCAGCAUUUUAUGUUCUGACCUGUUUGUGUUAUAUAGUGUUUUUCCCCCCCCCCUCUUUGGAACUCUUGUGUUGUUAAUAAAAUGAAAUGAUUACUUUUUGAUUAAAAUGAAAAAAGUAAAA